UAUAACAGCAACCACAUUAUAUAGUAUGCAUGGAAACAUGGCCAGUAAGAAGCAGUUCCUCUAUAUCAGCACAUGUUAAAUUGCUGUUCACCAGUGUAGAUCCUGGAACGGUAAAUCUAUUCUAACAGCUCCGACUCUGUUUGCUCUUUUACAUUUUUGCUCAUAAAUCAUUUACAAAGUAUGAAUUUGCCAUCGGUUGUGUGAUGAGUCUUUGAUUUCAUGAUGGCCACAGAGAAAAAGUGAAGACAAAGGCUGCUGCACUGCCAGUGGAGCGUACAGGAUAAUGAAAUGUAACUGUGUAUAGGAAUGUGUACACACAACAGUGGAGGGAAACACAAAGAUGACUGUCGUUAUUGUUAGAGCCAGUAAAUAUGUGGGGGCAGAAUAAUCUGUUUUUUAGCCUUAAUAAUGAAACAAAUCAUCUGUUAAUAGCUGGCAGUGACAUAACCGUCCUGUCACGUCCUGCAGAAACACAUCAUCAAACCCAUCAACAUCAUGAUCCCUAAUUGCUCUGUACACAUGGGGGGGAUGCAAGAUGAAGCUACAAAUGUUAUGCUAUGUACAAAGCAUAUGAAUGUGUAUCAACUAAAAUAAACAUAAAUAAUACAUGCAUACAAUGUGCAGACAGUAGUAAAAGGGUCCAUUAGCACAGUCAGUGGGCUAAAUGGAGUGUAGUGUCACUUUGGGGGAUAAGGUGCAUGAUGUAUUUUCUGGGUGCCAUAUAUUCUUGUUUUGACAAUGCUUUUGACAAUGUAUUUUAAAUGCAGCUGCCUGUUUCAUGCUUAUCAUAUAGCUAAUAGGUCUAUUACUGUAUAUCAUUACAUAUAUGGUGAACCAACUGCAUUUCAGAACAUUCAUAUCCGACACAUUAUUGUCUGCUGCCUGCUCUUAUAUUUUACAAUGGUGGCGACAGAGAGCUGCAGAGCUGAGAUUCUCUCUCUCUCCUCCUGAGCUGCAUCCCAUCCGUUAUCUGGGCGGAGAGAGGGAGAGGGAGAGAGAGGGAGAGGGAGACCACAUCCACACUGCCUUUUUGUUCUCACCCACAACUCUUCUGCGCAGGAGCCGGCUACUUAAUUACAUCCUGAAGAGACGACAGGAAGCUAUAUCAAAACAAAGCGGAGCUGUUUACAAAUUUACCGCACACAAAGUGGAAAACGGGGUUAUAUUUAGAUUUUCUGUAGCUUUUGGACCCUGCUUCCGGCUUUUUCGUCUUGUUGCGUUACAGGAGCUCUCAUUGUGACUGGAGUGAUCCCCUUCUUUUGUGUUAGUGGAGCUGCAGAGCAACAAACACUCUAACUUCUGCCUCCUGUUUCUCCAAACAGGAGGUUUCAUUUCUGCUUGUCUUGUUACGGCAUAAACGGAAUGAAUGACAAAAACAAGGGAGGUUGAUGUCCAUAACUCUGCGACUCAUCUCUUCUUCGCCUCGCACAAGGAACGGAGACUCCAUCUCCGGCAGAAGAUGGAAAGCGGAGGCGGGACGGAGGGCUCGGACAGCGGGCAGACACAGCGGGCGGUGCCCGGGCAGCAACAGAAGACUUCCCGGCCUGAAACUGCGGAGCUCUCUGCGGAGCUGUCCGCUCAGCCCCCCGGGGGAAAGAAGAAGGUACACCGGGCUCCAUCUCCGGCCAGACCGAAGGAUGUACCCGGGUGGUCGCUCACAAAGAUCCGCGGAGGAAUUGGGGCUCCAAGCCUGAGUGUCAAGCCGGGAGCCAUCCACCUGGGUAGCCGCAUUUCCAGGCGCAGCCCUGUGGGAAGUCUUCCUGGAAAGGACGGUAAAGCGGAGAAAAGCGGUGGUAGUAAACCCUCGGGCAAAUCCUCCCUCUCCACCGCCGCGUUGUCAAAGAGUCCCGCGGCCAAGGCUGCCAAAAGCACCGGAGGACGGAGGAAGGUGUCGGACGCCAGCACAGGAUCCGACGAUUUGUCCAAGGAUUCUGGCUGCGCCGCCGGGAAGCUUUCCCCGACCGACAGCAGCUCCGAGCUGUCGGACUGCGCCUCUGAGGAAAACAAGUUCUCCACGGACGCCAUGAGCAGCGACAACGAGUCGAGGAGCAGCCGAGGCGGCGGGGCGGACGGAGACAAACAGCCCAGGGAUGGUGGUUCGGCGGACAGAGCUAGACAACAAGACGCCACCAAGGCCACCUGCUCUUCCGCGGACAAGGAUCGGCUCUCCGUAGGUGUGGAGACCGGGGAGGGGAGCACAUCACCCGGCGAUGAGCGCUCAAUCACCUCAUUUGACAGCAGGGUGCCAGCCAGCACAUCCCUGGCUUUCUCAGACCUCACAGAGGAGUUUAUGGACGGCAUGCAUGAGGAGUUCGUCAGGGAAAUAGAAGAGCUGAGAUCUGAGAAUGAUUACCUCAAAGAUGAGAUGGAGGAGUUGAGGUCUGAGAUGCUGGAGAUGAGGGACAUGUACAUGGAAGAAGAUGUCUACCAGUUGCAGGAGUUACGGCAACAGCUGGAGCAGGCAAAUAAGACCUGCCGCAUCCUGCAGUACCGGCUGCGGAAGGCAGAGCGGCGGUCCCUACGCGUGGCCCAGACAGGGCAGGUGGACGGAGAACUGAUUCGAACGCUGGAGCAAGACAUCAAAGUGGCGAAGGACGUGUCCAUCCGUCUUCACAGCCAGCUGGACAGCGUGGAGAAGAAGAGGAGUCGCCUGGAGCAGGAGAACGAGGAGCUGAGGGUUCAACUGCAGGACCUGGAGGUUGCCAAACAGGUUCUGCAGCAGGAGAUUGACAAGAACUCCCAGAAGAAAAGAGGAGCAAGACCCAACAACAAACCUGACAAGGACAAGAAACCUGGCCUACAGGAGGACAAUUCAGACUUAAAGUGUCAGCUCCACUUUGCCAAAGAGGAAUCAGCCCUGAUGUGCAAGAAGCUGACCAAGCUGGUGAAGGACAGCGAGGCCAUGAAGGAGGAGCUGGCUAAGUACAGGUCGCUGUACGGAGACGUUGACGCCUCACUGACCGUGGAGGAGGUUGCCGACUCGCCUCACACCCGCGAGGCCGAGAUCAGAGUUCAUCUGAAGCUGGUGGAGGAAGAGGCCAACCUGCUGAGUCGACGCAUUGUGGAGCUGGAGGUGGAGAACAGGGGGCUCCGAGCUGAGAUGGACGACAUGAAGGGGCCUCAAGACGAGCCUCAAGAACUUAAUGGUGUUGGUGGCGGUCUGGGGGCUGGUCUUGGCCUUGCAGGAGGGGCCAUAGUGCUCGGUGGUGGGGCUUCAUCUGAAAACAUCAUGGAGCUGCAGCGACACCUCCAGUUUGUGGAGGAAGAGGCGGAGCUACUGAGGAGGUCUUUAAUCGAGAUGGAGGAACAGAACAAGCUCUUGAUGAACGAGAUCAACCGCUAUAAAUCUGAAUUCCCACCACCAACGUCCACGCUGUCGUCCAACUCAUUAACGUCACUCACAGAUGGGUUGCUCAACGACAGCCCUGUUCACACUAUCCAGGAAGGGGCGGUGCUUAUCAGCAUGGACGGCCCCGCCCAGGAAGAGGAGCUCAGACUUGCGAGGCUUCAGAUUGGAGAUCUGAGUGGAAAAGUGAAGAAGCUGCAGUACGAGAACAGAGUGCUCUUGUCCAACCUGCAGCGAUGUGACCUGGCUUCCUAUCACGCUCCUUCCUCCUUGUCCUCCUCCUCACUACGACUCUCUCUGGAGACUGACGCAGAGGCUGGAGACUCAGCUGAGUGUCUCCCCACCAGCCUGCCCCACCGCAAAGAGCCAGUAGGGGGUGAGAAUGACGCCCUGGACAUUAAGGAACGAAAAAAGAGGAUAGAAGACAGUGGUGAUGCAACACCUACACUCCCAGUGUGCCUGGGACAGAAGGACCAUGAUGCCUUGUUGGCCAUGAGGGACCAGGCUCGCUUGGUUUCCACAGCAAUACAGCUACUGACCUCCCCAGAGUCCAACUGCCUCUCCUCCUCCUCCUCUCCAUCCAUCUAUCACAAGGUCUGCACCAACGAAGCAGCAGAACUGUGUGACCUAGAGAAAGCUCAGCCUCACAGUCAGAUUUCAGAGCUGGCAGAUCUAGCAGAUCGACCUCUGGUCGGUGCUUUGACCAGCAGGCUUCAGGCACUACACACCCAGCUGCAGGCCUUUGUAGAGCAGGUAGACAGCCUGGGGAAACCGCCAGUAGGUACAAGGGACCUUGAUGUGGAGGGAGUGUCUCCACUGGACUCAUCCUUUACCACGUUGUCCUGCUCUGGAGAUGACCAGGACACGCUGAAUACUGCUGAGGCAAAGCAGCUUGAUUAUAGGGACCAAUCAGAGCUGGAGGUGAAAGGUCAAACUGAAGAAAACUGCCAAUCAGAUAGCAACGAGGUACAAAAGCAGGAAGCCAGUCAGCUGGAACAGGAAGAGCAGGAGACAGAUGAUGCACUGCUUGUCCAGGCUCAGCUGUGUGAAGCAGAGGAAUCUGCUAAAGGAGCACAGGAGGAGCUGGAGAAGGAGAAAUGCAUUCAGAAAGAAAUCACUCUCAAACUUACACAGCUCCAGGAAGAGCACCAAAAGGCUUUGCUCCGUCGGGACUUCCAGCUGCAGAGUUUGGACCUCCAGACUAGGCUGCAGCAGAAGUUAUGGAGCCAGGAGAGGACUCUGCUAGUCCAGGAGUCUCAGCACCUCAAACAGGCCCUGUUACUGCUCAGUCUCAAGCUACGCUGCUUCCUCAAACAGUGGAGGCUGGGCUGCAAGAAGGACACAGAAUGGAAAGACAUCUUAGAGAUGAACAGCCUGAAGGAUCUCUACCUGCUGCUAGAGGAGGAGAACCUGACGAGCUCCGCUCACCAGACUGACAGGUCUGCUGCAGACGAACAACCACUCAGCCCAACUAUUAAGUCGAGCGCCGUGAGCAGUACCUUGGCAGACCUGAAGGUGGUGCUGCAAGAUCUGAGUGGAGAGCUGCGACAAGAGAGACAAGGCUCCCAGGAACUCACCCAGCAGUUUGCAAAGGCCAAGGCAUCAUGGGAAGUGGAAAGGACAGAGCUGAAGAGUGUCAUCACACAGUUUGAGACCAAGGCAGGAAAAGCUGCAGCAGCCAUGUCUUCCACUGAUGUACUGGAUCAUCCAGACCUGAAGGCGGCGCUAAAGAAGGAGCGUGAAGAACACCAGCACCUCCUGGCUGAGUCCUACGCAGCUGUAAUGGACUUAACUAAACAGCUUCAGAUUGGAGAGAGGAACUGGGGCAGAGAGAAGCUGGAGCUGCUGGAGAGGUUCAGUCAGGAGAGAGCUCAGUGGGAGCAGAGACUGAGAGAGGCCACUGUACAACAGGGGAAGCCUAAGUCAUCUGGUACAGAGCCCUCUGCGGACACAGCCGUUGCUAAUGGAACAGGUUCACCGAGGACCAACUCCACAUCAGAACUGGAUGACCUAGAUGUCAACGGAACAGCCAAUCAGGAGGGGAAAAUCCAUUUUGAGGGCCCACCUCUACCGAUUCAUCCAGAGAUGUGCGACCUCACCAGGAAGAACUGGACCUACCUUACCAAUGAGACCCCAGAGGUUGGGGACACCUGCAAAACCUGGGAUGGUCCCAGUGGCUCUUGCAGCAACCUAGUGCAAUCACAGCUCAAUCUGGAGUCUGUCCAGAGGAGCUACACUGCUCCGGACCGCACAGGCAUCCGGAUCUACUACAGCCCACCUGCUAUACGACGCAUGGAACACCUCAGAAGGAACCAGAAGGCCAAAGAGCCACUGCAGGCCCUGAACGGGAGCUCAUCCCUGCGACUGAGUGCCUGGGACUCAAACACCGCUGCUGUUGAAAUCCUUGAUGUUCAGCAACAACCACCCCCAUCAUCAUGUUCAUCCUCGUACGAGCAGUGGCUGAGCUCACUGUCCAAGCAGCACAGGGAGCUGCUGGAGAGCAGAACUGGCUGCAUCACUGGUUCAAUCCCUAGUGUCAACAAUGGCAUCGGCAGCUCGGCUAACAACGUUGUCGAUGGGAUGACAUCCUCAUCACCCUUAUACGGCUUAGAGAUCGGGGAGAUUUCAGCUAAUUUGAGUGAUGACAUGAAGGAGAUGACCAACUGCGUCCGACAGGCCAUACGCUCUUCAUCCCUGGAGAGGAAAUCCAGCAAGGAACAUGGAAAUCAGAUGGUCAGCAUGUCCACCAGGUCCACGCAGACCGCUUCCCAAUAUGUCAGCGUCGGGCUUCAAACUGACAACCUUCCCAGCAGCAGGGGGCCGGGGUUACACUCCAAAGCCUGGUCUCCUCGUCCCUCGCCGACUACCACCUCCUCAUUAGCCUCAGCCCGAACCCGGCAGAUAUCAACAUCACUGGAUAAAGUCCACAGCCGCAUUGAGAGGCCAUGUUGUUCACCCAAGUAUGGAUCACCCAAACUACAACGCAGAGUGUCUUCUGGCUCCACUUCCAGGCUGGAUGGGAGUUCCUCCUCCAGGGACCGCAGCCUCUGGAGCCUCCAACAGAGACCCAUGGGUGGAGGCUCGGCCUGGGCUCGCUCCACCACCACCAGAGACAGCCCUGUGCUGAGCGGCCUCACUGAUGGCCUCUCCAGUCUCUUCAGCGUGGUGGAACACUCUGGAAGCACGGAGUCACUCUGGAGAAGUGACGGAGGAGCCAGCCAGAGUGCCAGUCCAGCACGGCAGCCUCCUGCCGCAGGGAAACCUUCUGGGGCGGCAGUCUGUGGAUCUGACCCCAGCUCUCAGCGGUAUGGUGGUCUUGUCCAGGAGUUCUUCAGGAAUGUCUGCAGCAACCGUGGCCAGGGAGGGGUCCCCUUACCAGGCGAGAGAGUGCAGAGAGACUCCCUGGGCAACCUCGGAAGUCUGGGUGUCCUUGGGGGUUUUGGUGGCAUGGAUGAGCCCAAGCCGGAGUGCAUGUCAGCUGGGGUUGUUGGAGUGCUGGCAAGCUUGGGUGGAAGCAACGACAGUGUGACCAGGAUUGUUAAUAAGAGGUUUAUGAGACAGACAGCUGGGGAAGAGAUGGUCUGCAUCAUGGGAGGAGGGAAGGAAAUGAUGACCAGCGCUGGGGCUGCAGGAGCUGGGACAGAGGAUGCACCCUGUGACUGCGCUGCCCAGUCUUCCUGCUUUGCCAGACCAUCAAGAGGAGCCACCCGCCAUUUGCCUGGCCAGUGCAAGCACCGCCCACAAGAGCCUCCAGCAGCAACUGAGGAGAAGGGGGGGGACACCUGCUAUGAGUGACGAAACUCCUACUGCCACAUGCAAUGCACACCUGCGCGCACACACAUACUGAUUAUUCACUUUACACCACUGCCAUGAACACAGUCCCUCAUGUCUCUCACAACACUAAACGUAUAUACACACUGACAACCUGCCACGCAGGUGCACUGCCAACUGCGACACACACUGCAAGCAAACUGCACAAACUUUCCCACAAACCCACUGCCAUAUGCACACAAACACACACAGAACCAAGGCAAUACUACCCUCAUCUUGGACAAAGACGAGGACUGAAUGCCAGUGACAGGGAGGACUGAAACUCCAAUCCAGAAGCAGAUCCAGCCAUCACAAAACUACCAGCAGGACAGGAAAAAAGACACACACACUUAACAACAGCCAUGUACUGAAAGUCUUACAGCUAAAACUGAUGUCGCGACUGCUCCACCCUAACCUGACUUUACAGAGUAACAGAUUUUAACUGGAAACCUUGAUAACAUCACCUUGAUGUGCUGGGAAAAGUAAUUAUGCUGUUUUGAUUGAUCAGUACAAUAACAUUCCAGUGAGUGUCUCCAUCAUGAAAAUGCUACAUCUUCAGUCUAGUUUUCACCUUCUUUCAUCAGCUUGCAAAAGGAAGAAUUCAAGGACUGUUGAACUACAUCUCCCAAUAUGACAUGAACCCCACUGGUGGAGUUUGUUAGCUCUAUAAAUGAGACCUCAAAAAGCUCUCUGGUCUUCUUUAGAUAUUAACAGUCCACCAUGCUCCCAAAAAGACUUUGACAACAAAUAUGGGGAAAUGUUGUGUAGCUGUGUCUUCAGUUUGUAUGUUUUGGUUUGAACCCGUUACAAGAGACAGAAAUUGUCCGUCUUUCAUUUGAGAUAAACAUUCAUCAUCAAACUAUUUGAUAACAACUUGGGAUGUGCAGUGUUACAACACAAUGUCCUGAAACACUUCACUCAAUCUUACAGUUUGGGGAGCUUUUCUGCUCGAUUGCAAAUUAACCUAGAAGUCCAGUUGGAGAUUUCUUGGCACUGGAUAAAGAUGCACUGAUAUCAGUUUUUCAGAGUGCCUAAACCACUAGGGUGCGGUCAUGUUACAGCAGCCUAAACAAACUCAUGAAACAUUUUAUUUCUCUCUGCUCCUUAGAAUAAAAACUGAAAAUCAAGUCCAUCAGCACUGAGGUUUUACAUUGUAUGUGAGUUUUGAAUUCUGAUUCACAAACCUCAGAAUUAACGCCCUACCUGUUGGCUUUAUCAGUGCAUCCCUACCCUCUAUGCUUCAUGGGAUCUGAUAUGAACAGCAGGAAAGAAAUGACGACGCUUUGUGCAUCUGAACUCAUCUACCAUCAGUCACAACUUACUCCAAACUGUAUCAACGUAUUCCUUUUAAUAGAAAAAACAUUCCAACUUUUUCCUAGUUCUGAAUGUGUGUGUACGGUUUGUAUGUACAGUAUGUCAUUCAUAGGGCUAGUAACUACUUCACUUUUACAGUACCUCCUUUCUCUCUCCCUCUCCUUUUCACUCGCUCAGUUGUCCUCAUGUUUUAGUGCUACUUAUAGCUAAUGUAUAAAGUCUAUAUGCAUUUUGAAAAUGUAGCAUCCUAAUUAAAUAUUGGUAGAUAGACAAGCUAAGAGCUGUGGCUCUUCAGCCGCAGUCAGACAGCACUGAAAGUUUUUAACUUAAGACACAAUUUCAUGAAUAUUUUAAUUUUUUGAUAUUUUCCAAUACAUUUGUUUUACUAAACUAAAAAUAUAGACCCUUUUUACUUAAGUGGACAUGUUUAAGUGGAUGUCUGCACACUUGGGACAAAUAUCUGCGAAGGAAGUGAAAGACUGAAAACUAAAAAUUACUGUAAAUGGAAAACAAUCAUUUUUAUUACAUCUUUUUCCUAUUUAUCUGUUUGCCAUGUCAUUCUCUUUGUUGAUUGCAUUGUACUCAGAUCAGUUGAUAUUCAAAGUGCCUGUCAAAUCGCCUAUUAGUCAGCUCACACCAAAACUGGACUUCAUAUGAAAAACACAAAUCCUACAGGCCUUUUUUUUAAAGAUUGUUUUAUGCACAUAACUGGGAUCAGGCUGUACUGAAACUACAGUAAAGUACUGUACCACAAUGACUGAAGGGCAGAAUGGUUUAGAGGUAUAGUAAGAUUAACUUUUUUUUUUAUACUUCUGGAGAGUAAAAUAUUUUUGUUUAGUUUUGUUUAUAUGGAUGUUUUUGCUGAUAUAGCCUGUUGUUUCUAUUCUAAUUUAGUUAUCAUGGUGCUACUGAGAGUAAAGUCUAUUGUGGGCUUGCUGCCUUUAACAAGGCAUCUCUCCAUCUGGUCAGUCAUCUAUUUUAAAUUAUUUUUCCACUGUUAAUGUAUGAGAAAUAGUAGAGCGUUUCUCCCUCUUUGCUCUCCAUUCAGUGACUUGCAAGUUUAAAAUGGAGCAUUACAGUAACAGCGGAUGUAUUUAAAUAACACACUUAGGAAAACCCACAGUCUAAAUGCUGCUGUCCGUCUCCACCACAGCCCUCACCACUGCUGCAAAACCAACUACAUGAAACCAGUCGGCGACUCAAAAGCUACUGGACUGAUUGCCAGAGGCUGUCUGAUUUUUGACCACAAUUAUACAACUGGUACAGUAGUUCUAGCCAAACAGUACGAUUGUUUUAAGACCACACAAAUCAUAAAACCUCAUUUAAAAAAAUGCUUCCAUGUGUCCCCCAAAACACAGCUAAUAAAGCUGUAUUCACAUCCAUUCCCUCCUAUAAUCCAUAUUUCCAUUUUUUCAAAUUUGUCGUUAGUUACAAAAAUAGAAAAGGGGAAAUGGCGAAAACAGAUUUCUGUGGUGCCAUUGGCACUGGCCCAGCUAAGAGAAACAGAUUUCCAAGGAUACCAAGACAUGCUAACCUUUAUUUAUUCUCUUCAGUUUUAGUUAAAAACAAAACAAAAAAGCUCAGUUAAAAUGAACAAAGUGGUAGCUCUCAAAAAACCAGCAAGUUAGCAAAAGCAUCUAUAAUGACCUACAUGACAGAGCGUCUUUUUCCUUACCUGGAAAAUUGUAACAGUACUUUUGAGAAAUUUUUGAGUAUCAUACACUUGCCACUCAAAGAGGUUACUCUAAAAUGUUAGUUUCUUGUUUUGUCACAGCUGUCAUGAGCAAAAAUCAUUUCAUAGAAACUUUUCAAAGCAUAACUCUGCUGCUCUUCUGCAUGCUGAUUAGGUAUCCAGCAGUUACUGGAUAUAUUUGCCAAAUGUAAUUAAACGUAUUGCUAGUUUGACUCUGUCUUGGUUGCAUGCAGCUACAGUACAUACAUGCAGUCAACCUUGAAAAACAACACGUUUUUCAGUGGAUUACGCCUUUAAGUUCCUACUCAGGAGGUUCAGCACAUUUUAUCAAACUUUAGUUCACGUUUACAUCAGUAACCACAGCAGAUCAACAUCCAGUCUGAGUGCACACUGUUGAAAAGUAACUAUGAGCAGACCAGCACAGUGUAAACCUGUACAACAACCACUGGCAUCCAUGUUUCUUCUAGCCAAGACAUUAAAAGAAUCAAGAGUAGUAAUGACACAUUUCCUGUUUUAAACAAAUACUAGCCACCAAUGCUAGCUUAUGUUCAUGCAAAACAGUACAUGUUGCCCCACAAGUUGGCGGCUCCCCUAUCCAUUAUCUCUGUACAGUUAAAAACAAAAUCAUUAUACAGUACAGCAAAGAUAAGUGCUGUCUGUCAGAAGUCCUGUCUGCAGUAACCACACUACAAAAAUGACUUAGUCGUCCGACAGUCUCUCCUGCUACACAUCAGGAUGAAUAGUCCAGAGCUAUAAAGGAAACAAUCGUACCCCAACAUUAGAUUUGGUCCAUCCUGUGGUUUUUUUUGAUACACUGCAAAACCACAGAACCUUUCAAAAUAAGCCAUUAAUGUUGGGUUCAUUCUUAAACACUAUCCAUGCAACUGAAAACAAAAAGCCAAUAAGCGGUUUGUACAAUUUACUACAUUUGUUUAACACUUUCAAAAACCCUACACCCUAAAAAUAAAAACCUGAAACAUCAAAUUAGACUACACAGCACUGUAGAGAUUUGGGCAUCAUGUAGUAAAAAUAUUAUGCUAUUUUGACCAUUCACAAUUUGAGUAAAAAUAAACACAUGGAACAUAAAUUGGGAUUUAAUACAGGUGCCUUCCUGACAGCGCCCAGUUCACUGACAGUGACAAAACAGGACAAAGUUAAGCAGAUUCUGUUCUAGGUCAUAAACCUCUUAAUAUACUCAGACAUAUCAUUAAAUAGCACAGAACAAAACUACUCAUGUCUUUGAUGUAAUAAUUAUUAAUCAUCUGAAAAUGUUUGAUGCCUGUAUUAGUCCUACUGUCAACGAGAAGGUCACAUCAGUGCCUUUCCUCUGCAAAGAUGUCCUGGUUUAAUUAAAAAUUUUAUUUUUCUGCAAAUAUUUGACUACAACUAAAGACAUACUCUGUGAUGAUGCUGAUUUCCACAUUAGCUACAUGUGGAAUUAAGAUUAAAUGUCUUAAUUUGUUGUCUUGUGGUAGGUGUAGAUUGAUUUGUGUUUACAUUGAUCUUCAGUGGUUGCUCAAUAGAUCUUGCAAGCCAAUAUGGAAUCUCAGUGUCAAGAGAAGAGUAUGUGUAAGAAAUGACUUUUGCUUCACUUUUGAGGGACCAGACCUCCAAAUGGCUGCAAAUUCAGACCAAGGUUAUGUUGUGGUUAAAUGUUUUUCUGCCAAGUUUAGCAAAGGCCUGUAUUUUAUAAUAACACAACAUAUGAAGUUCAGGUUGUGGAUGAAACUGCCGCUGUUGUCUGGCCACAGUACGUUCAUGUCAUUUGGAAGACGCACACAUACAAAAAGAAUAAGAAACUAAUACUUUUAAUUUUCUUAUCUUUUUUUAUUUUUUACUGCAACUCUAUCUCACACCUUAAUGCAACCUUGGACGUAUUUUCUAUUAAAAACCUGAAAUGGCUCAGUCGGGGUAAGGCUCAAAUCUCUUUCGGACUGAUGUCACUGGUCAGUUUCCACCUGCGUGUCAGGUGUCACAUUUGCUCCUCCCCCUCAGGUUAGAACUCCUAGGCACUGCAGCCAAUGACAACAAGGCUUUACAAGUCACACACCAUCACCAGCCAAUGACGGAUGCUUUCUUACGGGUUGCAUGGCACAAACCAUGAAUCUCACUGUUCCCUACAAGUCUAUAAGCUUGCCAGAAAGGUUACACAAAUCUUUCCAGCCUUUUUUAUGUGUUUCCACACCAUUCCUAUGAUUACAUCCUGGCAAUAUGUACAUGAUUUGUAGUUGUUCAUAAUCUUAGCCAAACUAUUACCUUGCCUGUUUAUUCGCAUUAUAUAACAACCUAUGCUUUUCUUCUUUUCUAAUGUUUGAUUCUUAAAUAAAAGGAGAAUGCAAUGAAAGCAAACUAAAAUGAGUACACAGAAAGGAAAUGUAACCUGAAAAGAAAGGAAAGCUCUGUACUCUGUCCUUUUGUUUCUUUGAGAAAAGCUGAAUGUCAACAGUUGACCUGAAACCAGGCUGCUGGGGAAAUAUGUAGCUCUCUCCCUUUGUAGACCACACUUGAGCAUUUCCUCUGUACAUAGGCACAUUUUGAAAGUGGUUGAAAAACAGCAGCAAAUGUUAAAGUAGUAAAAUAAGAAAAUAUCCCAACCCCCUUUUAAAAAAAUCCAACAGGAUUUUUAAAACUGAUUUUGCCAAUUCUGUUUUGGCUGCUUUUGGCCUUUUUAAAAAAAAUCCUGUUGGAUUUUUAAAAGGGAGUUGGGAUAUCUUCUUUUUCCAACCAAUGUAGCUUGUAAAACGAGAUGUUACAUUAUAACUGCCUCCUGUUUGUCAUAGAAUUCACAAAUAAAUGUUUGCUGGAAUUUAGCAUUUUUUGUUUUCUCGUCAUUUCUACUUACUUAGUCACUUUGUUUUUUUUUAUUCUGUCCUUUUCUGUAUUUCAUUAGGAGGAGAAUGACAUUUAAGGAAAGAGUCAUAUUGUUUAUCUGUAGGAUAUUAAGAACUAUUAUUUUGUCCACCCCAUUUAUAUCAGUGGGGCUAAGCUAAAUAACAGAAACCUUUCUUUGCAGUACAAUUCAACACUACCACAAACUACAGCCUCAAAAAGAUCACAGUUGAAUCAACACCUCUCUGAUACAGACUGAACACAAACUGAACUUUGACUUUCAUGGAGGAGGAUUUGUUGCAGGACCAUUGUAUUAGUCCAACUCAGUUUUACCUCGUUGUACUGUGC